ACUGGAGAUUUAUGUCCAAUGUCCAUGGAUGCAGGAAACUGGUCAAGAGUAACUGAGUUUGUCCUCAUCAGCUUCUCUUCCCUGCCUACUGAAAUACAGACCUUGCUCUUCCUGGCAUUUCUAGCCAUCUACCUGAUCACUCUGCUGGGAAACAGCCUCAUCAUUCUGGUAACCUUGGCUGAUCCCAUGCUGCAAAGCCCAAUGUACUUCUUCCUCAGGAACUUAUCCUUCAUAGAGAUUGGCUUCAACCUGGUUAUUGUGCCCAAAAUGUUGGGGACCUUGAUUGCCCAGGACACAAGCAUCUCCUUCCUUGGCUGUGCCAUUCAGAUGUAUUUCUUCUUCUUCUUCGGAGUGGCUGAAUGCUUCCUCCUGGCCACCAUGGCAUAUGACCGCUAUGUAGCCAUCUGCAGUCCCUUGCACUACCCAGUCAUCAUGAACCAAGGGACACGUGCCAAACUGGCUGCUGCCUCCUGGUUUCCAGGAUUCCCUGUUGCCACUGUGCAGACCACAUGGCUCUUCAGUUUUCCAUUCUGUGCCACCAACAAGGUGAACCACUUCUUCUGUGACAGCCCACCUGUGCUGAGGCUGGUCUGUGCAGACACAGCUCGGUUUGAGGUCUAUGCCAUUGUUGGCACCAUUCUGGUCGUCAUGAUACCCUGCCUGCUGAUCCUAUGUUCCUACACUCGCAUUGCUGCUUCCAUCCUCAAGAUUCCAUCAGCCAAAGGGAAGCACAAAGCCUUCUCCACCUGCUCCUCACAUCUCCUCGUUGUCUCUCUUUUCUAUGUGUCUUUAAGCCUCACUUACUUUAGGCCUAAAUCAAACAAUUCCCCUGAAAGUAAGAAAUUAUUAUCGUUGUCCUACACUGUUGUGACUCCCAUGUUGAAUCCAAUCAUCUAUACCCUGAGAAAUAAUGAGGUGAAGAAUGCUCUAAGUCGAACCUUCCACAAGGCUCUGACCCUCAGAAACUUAAUCCUAUAGACAUUAAAAGGUAAGGUUAAUAUUUGUUGAAUGGAGAACAUAUAUUUGUGAUUCAU